CAUGGGAUCAUCUCAUAUGCGCAGUGGACAUUGACCAAGAUGCCCUUGACCAAACCCAGUAAAUACAUGACCGUUGAUGGUCCCUAUCAAGACGAUUGACCCACUACCUCCAUGGUAGGACCAGGAGGGUAUUUGGGUAUUUUCAUUCCAAUGUUCAUGCAUGAAUUUCAAACGUACAAAACCCACCCUCUUCAUGUGAAAACAGAGAAGAAGAAGCGCAAGGAGCCUCUCCACAGUCCACUCCUCCCAUCAUUAAUUUCUAUAAAUAAUCGAAACCCAGUUCACAGAAUGAAAGAUCGGGACAUGGGUUCGGAUCAAUUUCUCCCAAUUUCAUCUCCCAAGCUCCCAAUUUACUCGCUACCAGUGAAGAAGGAGGAGCCUCCGGGGAUGUUGACGCCGCCGCUGCAGGCUGCUGUUUCGGUGCCAUUCGAGUGGGAGGAGGCGCCGGGGAAGCCCAGGGCCUGGAAUAGAGGAGAGAAAGCUAGGAGUGCCCGGUGUCUGGACCUGCCGCCGAGGAUGUCGGCAAGGGUGAAAAUUAGCGAUGUUUGCUCUCCGACCACUGUGUUGGAGGGGCCAUACGUGGGGAGAUCAGUUUCCUUUGGAAAUGGAGGAGGAAAGAGCGAUGGAGCGAAGGAGAGAUCCAGGUUCGGGUCUUCGAGGUGGAUGAGCUUGAAGGAGAAUGGAGAGGUUGGUGGUGUUAGAGGUGGGGAUGUAGAAGAACCUGGUGGCAGUGUCGCGGCCGGCGGUGGUGGUGAGAAGGAGACGAAGGUAAAGAUUACAAGGAUGACUAGAAAAGGCAGUUUCUUGGGCAUGUCUUCAACCAGGUCUCAUCUCUGGGAACAAUGUUCCUGCUCUUCAGUCGAGCGUCUGUGAAAGCUUCAAACAAGUAGUUCCGUGGAGACCAAAGCCAGAAAAAAUGAGGAAGAUGAAAUCCAUUCGAUCUGCAAUACUAUAAUAACACCAUAUUUCGUGCAAGAAAGAUGUUUGAUUUUACCCAAAAAAAUGUUUCAACUAAUGUAUAAAAAUAAAUUAUUUACUUUAUAUCUA